ACCUGUCGAACUACUACUUGGUAGUAGUAGUACUAGGUACCCCUUCACGGCUUCUAGCUGCCGACCACCAUCCUUCCCAUACUAUGGCCUCGAUCGUCGAGUUGGCCGGGGAGGCCAACCCGUUGUCCCCGCCGAACGUUCUCAAUGCUCUGGUGCUCGCAGCUAGCUCAACACAGCAACAGGUGCAAUCGGGCACCCAGCAACUCCAGAACUGGGAGAAGCAGGCGAAUUACUAUACCUUUCUUCAGGAUGUAUUCCUAGAUCACUCCGUUCCGCCUGAAGUUCGAUACCUCGCGAUCAUCCAGCUGAAGAACGGCAUCGACAAGUAUUGGCGGAAGACUGCGACAAACGCUAUCAAGAAGGAGGAGAAGGAACAGAUAAAGACUAGGGCUUUGCAAGCGGGUGUCGUUGAGCCUGCCCCUCUUCUCGCUCUUCACAAUGCGUUGAUGAUUGCCAAGAUCAUGCGCUAUGAAUUUCCCCAAGAAUGGCCGGAUGGUAUCUCUUCGCUUAUUGCCCUCCUUCGCUCUUCUACCCAAUCUGGUGCGAACCCGCUGCAAUUGCCUCGGGCCCUCGUCAUCCUCCUACAAAUUAUCAAAGAAUUGUCGACAGCUCGCCUACAGAGAACCCGUGCGAAUCUACAAUCCGUCUCGCCAGAAAUAUUUCAUCUGUUGGGGAGCAUAUACGUGGACAAGGUGAACAAAUGGGCGUCUUUCCUGGAGCAAGGGGGUGCCGACGAGGCAACAUUGCUGGAGGUGAUCGAGCAAAGUUUAGUCUCUCUCAAAGUCAUCCGGCGUCUCGUUAUUGCCGGUUUUGAACAUCCCAACCGCGAUAAGGAUGUCUGUGAAUUUUGGGUCUUGACCCAUUCCCACUUCAGUAGAUUCCUGGGGUUGAUCCAUGGCUCCGUCUCAAUGUCGGAGCAGAUCCAUAGGGCAGUCGAGAAACACUUGUUGCAACUUUCCAAGCUCCACGUCGAAAUGGCCAAGGAUCGCCCGGCCUCUUUUGCGUUAUUGCCGGACAGUAUUCCUUUGGUCCAAUCCUACUGGAGUCUAGUAGUCAAAUUGGGAGAGAACUACAGUCAGUUGGGUACUGACGGUGAACCAGAGGGGAAGUCCUUGAUGGAGAAAACUGGUCUCAGAGCUCUUCUGCUGAUCAGGGCCUGCUCGAAGAUGGCCUUUAACCCAGCACAGACCUUCAAAUACCAGACCCCGCAGGACAAGGAGGAGAAGAAGCAAUCGGUCGAACUUAUCAAGUCCCAGCUGUUCACCCACGACUUUGUUGUCAAUGUGAUGGAGUUGCUCGUCACCCAGUUCUUCCGAUUUAGGAAAAACGAUUUCCAGGAAUGGGAAGAGGAUCCUGAGGAGUGGGAAAGGAAGGAGGAAGAUAUUGCUGAGGCUUGGGAGUUCUCCAUCCGGUCGUGCUCCGAGAAGCUCUUCCUUGACCUCGUUAUUCAUUUCAAAGAAUUGCUCAUUCCGCGUCUUUUGGCCGUGUUCUACAACUUUGCAACGCCUGAUAAUCACGAUGUCCUGUUGAAGGAUUCGUUGUACUCGGCCAUCGGGCUGUCUGCAGCAAGCUUGGAGCAGCAUUUGGAUUUCAACAAGUUCCUCGAGUCAACCCUCGUGCCUGAAGUCCAGAUCCAGGAACAGGGAUAUAAUCUCCUCAGGAGAAGAAUAGCCAUGGUUCUGGGCCAAUGGGUCCCGGUCAAAUCUAGCGAGCUCAACAAGAACGCCAUCUACCAGAUCUUCCAACAUCUCCUUAGCAAGCAAGAUCCUUUAAACGAUCUCGUGGUUCGCAUCACUGCCGGAAGACAGCUGAAGAACGUGCUUGACCCCUUCGAGUUCUCCCCAACUGAGUUCCUGCCGUACGCCCCGGCCAUCCUCCAAGACCUGAUGGCCCUUGUCCAGGAGGUCGAGCUUUCAGAGACCAAGAUGGGACUCCUUGACACGGUUCGUAUGGCAGUGGUGAAGAUGGAAGACCACAUUGCACCCUUCUCGGACCAAAUCCUAUCAUUACUGCCACCACUAUGGGAGAGUUCUGGCGAGGAGCAUCUGAUGAAACAAGCCAUCCUCACACUGCUUUCAUCCCUGAUCCAUUCCCUCAAGCAGGAAUCCACCAGAUACCACUCCUUGAUUCUGCCUCUGAUCCAGAAUUCUGUCGAGCCAGGCUCUGAAACCCUCAUCUACCUCCUCGAAGAGGCCCUCGACCUCUGGUCCGCAAUUCUCAUGCAGACGCCUGUGCCAGCCUCUCCUGAAAUCAUCUCCCUUAUGCCCGCCCUCUUCCCCAUCUUCGAAGCCGCAACCGACAGUGUCCCGCAGGCCCUUCAAAUCGCAGAGUCCUACAUCUUGCUCGCCCCCCAGGAAGUCCUCAGCGACCGCAUCCGCUUCCAACUCCUCGUCUCCUUCGAAACCCUCCUCAAAAUCACCACCAAGCAACGCCUCGGCGUCGUCCCCCGUCUCGUCGAGCUCAUGCUCCGUGGCGCCGAAUUCGUCGACGGCGGCAGCGAAAAUACCUACAACGUCAUCACCCGCUCCCUCCUCGACAGUUCAUUCCUCUCCGCCCUCCUGGAAGGCCUCCACUCCGCCCACGAAGCGAGCCAAACCACCGGCCCGAACCGCAAGCAAACCUCUGUCUACGGCGUCGUCGAAACCGACUACUUCUCCGUCCUGGCCCGUCUGGCACUCGCACACCCCAAGAUCUUCACCUCCGCCGUCUCCGCCGCAACCAACACCCCAGAAGAGCAGGUGCUAUCCUGGCUCCUGACAGAAUGGUUCCUCCACUACGACAACAUCGGCAGCACAACCCAGAAGAAACUCCACGCUCUGGCCCUCACCCAGCUUCUGACCCUCAACGGCCCGGACUCUCAACCCCCAGCUUACCUGCUCAGUAACCUCCAAUCCUACCUCACCAUGUGGACCGACAUCGUCACCGAGCUUGCCGAUGGUGCAGAGGAUAACCCCGACGAUCCGCGGGGCGGAGAUUACCUGAUCUAUUGGAACAACGCGCAAACCGGCUCUUACGAAGAGCAUGAGCCGCCGGAGAAUAAGCGUCGACGUGACUGGGAUAACUCAGAUGUGCUGCAUAAGGUCAACAUCAGGGAUUUCAUUCGGGAGCGACUGCACUCGUUGAUUGUCGGAUGUGGAGGGGAGCAGCGCUUCCAGGAGGAAUGGCUGCUCAAUGUGGAUCGGGAGGUUGUUACUACGUUUGGGGCAUUGGGGCUGUUUUAGGAGCAAUACUGGGCUGAUCAUCCGGCUCUCUUAUGCUGUUCGUUCGCGUUAAUGCCGACCGAUAUAAGUGCUUCCAUGCAUCUUAUUUACGCAUGUAUGCACCCUAUUUUCACCCGACGCCUACCUUCUUCGGCUCUGCGGAGUAGUAUACACACUACAUAGUUGAAUACCCCAUGCAUAGAUAGUAGCUCUGGUCGCAGAGCUAA